UCCUCUUCAAUUCAGUACGCAGUGUAGCGUUUGGUUGGAAGAACUACGGCACUGUACUAUGUUGUCUGAAUUUAUUGUUUGUAUGUCUAGAUUUGGUCAAACACAGAUUGAAAAAUAGGAAAACAAGAAAAAAUAUAUUUUGCACUUUAGCUUCAAAUUUGAAAUUACAUUCACUUUCUAACUCUUUGCCCGACGUCUUUACUGCUUCCAAGAAAUCUCAGUUUCUUCUUCUUCCUUUCUAUUUUCUCUUAAAAAUUGGCCUCUUUUUGUGUCAAUUUUCUUACGCAUAGUGCACAGCAGUGGAGAUGGAUACUGAGGGCUGAAACGGAUUAAAGAUUGUGGGCUUUUGUAGAUUUCGGUUUCACUUUUGAAGAGGUCGAAGUGUGUUUAUUAGAUCAAUAACUUUCUUGAUUAUUCAGAAAGCCAGCAUUUAUUGGGCGAUAAUAAUUCUAUUUUCGGAAGCAUGUAUCCAGAACAGAACACGGCAUCUCCAAAAUUGAAACUUGCUGUAUCUUUGAAAGGAACUGCUAAAGAAGGUGCAAUUGGACCACCUCUCGGUCUUAUUGACAUAGGAGAAAGUGAAGGUGGCUACCUUUUCCGCGUUGCCCUUCCCGGUGUUAAGAGUAGUAACAGUAAUCUGAAGUGUAAUAUACAUUCGGACGGAAGUGUGCGCAUAGAGGGAGUGGUAGCAGAUGCUCAAAUCUUGAAAAAUGAAUCUGAGGAAUUUGAAUUGAAACUACAUCAGCUCUGCCCUGCAGGCUCUUUCACCAUAUCUUUCAAUUUGCCUGGACCAGUGGACCCCAGAUUAUUUUCGCCGAGUUUUCGACCAGAUGGUAUAUUGGAGGUUGUGGUACUAAAACCAAGAGCUCCUCGUGUUUCAACGGAAGGUGCUUGAAAAUUGGUAUAAUGGCCUUAAUAGCCACAUUCAUAAGGUGCCAAGAUUGCUUCAUUUAUUUUUCUGUAGCAAACUAUUAGACUUGCAGCUUCAAUCUGCAUUUCUUUAGGAGUUUCAGUUGAAUCAUAAACAAAUAAUGCUGAUUGUGUUUAAGUGCUUCGUUGGUGACAUAUUCAAUCUGAGUUAGUUGGCAUGUCUAAUUCAUUAAA